AAGACAGCUUGAGUUGGUGGUUUGAAGGAAGUUUUCUGUCAGUCUCCUUUCCACAAAACCAUCAGAGAGCGAGCCACUGUGUGAACAGCUAUUUUGUGGUUUCUAUUUUCUACUGCUGCAGGAGUGUUGCUGUGCAGCCCCUCACGUCUGGCGUGUAUAAAAAGGGGCUUCGCUGCAAACACACAGAUCAGAGAUCACUGCUCGCUGUCAGCCAUGGCAACGUCUUCAAUCCUCCUGCUCGGUCUCCUGGUGACAUGUUCAGUUUGGACGGUCAAGGGGAGAAGCUUUCAAAUUGAUAUUGAUGAUCAAGAGCAGGUGGAUGUGGAGAUCUCCGUGGAGGCCGGCAAGAUUCCAGGUGCAUGCUGGGCCUGCAAGUGGGCUUUAGGGAAGGUGAAGAGAGUCAUCGGACCAAACGCCACCGCAGAGAUGGUGAAGUCACACUUGAAUUCCAUCUGCAACGAAAUCGGCCUCUUGAAAUCGACAUGUCGGAAAUUUGUGAAAGUGCACCUCGGAGAAUUGAUCGAGGAGCUGACGACCACGGACGACGUGAGGACGAUCUGCGUGAACACCAGAGCCUGCAAGCCAAAGGAAGUGUCUCAUCUGCUCUUUUAUCCAAAACAAGAGGAGUCACAUACUGAAAUGAUUGAAUAUCCCUAAUGUUUUGUGCAUGCAUUAAAAAUCCAGCAGCAUUUAAUUCAUGAGCAAGAAAAAAAAAAAGAGUUCUUCCUGUUCCUGAGAGCCUGAUUAAAAAUUGCAUACUCAAAA